AGAGAGAACAGGAUACAGAUCUUUGGGACUAUGAACUCUUCUGGGAAUUUCACUGGCUGUCAGCCACAGCCAAUUAACCCUUUCAUCCCCAUCUUCUUGAGCUUCAUCUUCUUUGUUGGCUUUGUGCUGAACUGCAUCAGUUUAUGGAUAUUUUGGUUCAAGGUAAAACAGUGGAAUUCGACGGUGGUUCUCCAGUUCAACUUGGCCAUCGCUGAUGCCAUCAUCACCCCUGCAGCUCCCCUGAUCAUUAUCUACUCCCUGACUGACCACUGGACCUUCGGAUUGUUCUUCUGCCAGUUCAAAGUCUUCUUGCUCAGCACUCACAUGUAUGGAAGCAUUUACUUUCUCACCAUAAUCAGUAUCCACCGAUAUUUCUCUGUUGCUCACAACGUCAAAAGACCAGCCUUGACCAGAAAACCCUUUAUAAAAAAACUUUGCCUCUUUGUUUGGGGUUGUCUGCUGUGCCAAGGUAUUCCAUUUUUCUUUGUCCUUAAAACUUCUGCAGUCCACGGGGUUACAAAAUGUCUCAGUUUUCAUCAAACCGAACAAGCAGUUUUAUUUUUUGUCUGGAACUGGAUCAUCCUCUUCUCUGGUCUCUUCAUUCCUUUCUCCAUAACAUUGGUCUGUUACACUCUACUGAGUCGAUACAUCCUCAAAGUCAACCCAAUGAACACCCUCAGCAAAGUCAUGGUAUCCAAGUCAGUUAAGACCAUCCUGGUCUCCCUGAUAAUUUUCAUUAUCUGCUAUAUCCCGGUCCAUAUCACCAGGACCAUGGGAGUCACCAUCACAUUGUUUUUUCCAGAAUUGUGUUCUUUAUUGGAAAAUGUUGAGGUCGCCUAUUACAUCACUUGGAUGAUGUCAGGAACAAAUUGUUGUAUGGAUCCCAUACUGUACUGUUAUGCUUCUGACAGAUUUAAAAGCACCUUCACAAGCUGGUGUACUUUUCUACAAAAACAACGUGAGUGGAACAUCACAGACUCUGCUCAUGGUAACCCAGCUGAGGCUCCUUCCGAUGUUAACCACCAUGUUCCUCUUCCAACUAUGAGCACCACAGAGACAGGGCUAUCAGGGUCAGCUGGAUGGGAGAAGUGAGCACUGGUUUAAAGACCA